UAAAUUUCCUUGAAGGCAAGCAAGCAAGGACCUUGGUCUUUUAGUCAAAACUGUUACUCUCUCUGGUACAGUGUAACAGAUAAGAUGAUCAAAGGCAAUGGAUGGAUGAUAUUUCUCUCCCUUGUGGUAUUAGCUAAUCGAAGCAAAAAAUUGUUGCUCGUGGAAGUGAAACUCUGUAUUUAUUUCCAAUGAAAACAGUGUCGCAUAAGAUAUUUUAACUAUCCAUUAUGGCAUCUUCUUCCACUGGUCGUAAACGGAAGUAUGAUGUGUUUCUUAGCUUCAGAGGUGAGGAUACUCGUGAUAAUUUUACUAGUCAUCUCUAUGAUGCUUUGUGUCGUAAAAAAGUCAAGACCUUCAUAGACAAAAAGUCAAGACCUCAUCAGACAGAGCUCGCUGACCUUCAAGAAGAAAUAACUCCAGCCCUUUUGAGAACGAUUGAAGAAUCGAUGAUUUCUGUAAUCAUUUUCUCCAAAAACUAUGCAUCUUCUCCAUGGUGCUUGGAUGAAAUGUCCAAAAUUAUUGAAUGCAAGGAUACUUAUGGACAGAUAGUUUUGCCAGUUUUCUAUCAUAUAGAUCCAUCUCUUUUACAAGAACAAAGCGGGAGUUUUGCGGAUGCAUUUACUCAUGUUGAUGAGAACUUUAAGGAGAAAAUGGAAAAAGUGCCAAGGUGGAGGGUCGACUUGAUGAAAGCGGCUAGUAUAUCUGGAUGGGAUUCUCAGGUGAUUAGACCUGAGGCCAAGCUUGUGAAUGAUAUUAUGAAACAUAUUUUGAGGAAGUUGAAUCAUGCAUCCUUUAGAGAUUCAAAAGGCCUGGUUGGGAUAGACUCUCACAUUGAACAAAUUAGAAAGUUGUUGUGCUUUGGGUCACCAGAUGUUCCGAUUGUUGGAAUUUGGGGUAUGGGUGGGAUAGGUAAGACGACUAUUGCUGAAGCAAUUUUCUAUAGCGCUUCAAGUGAAUAUGAAGGUUGCUGCUUUCUCAAAAAUAUUAAGGAAGAGUCAAAAAGAUGUGGGCUAGAUUUUUUAAAACAAAAACUAUUAUUUGAAACAUUAGAGGAAGAAAAUCUACAUACUCUAAGUCCCAACAUGGGGUCCAUUUCCAAUGAGGACAGGCUCCAAUGCACAAAGGUUUUUCUUCUUCUUGAUGAUGUGGAUGAUGUAGAUCAAUUAGACGCCCUAAUUAGAAGAUCGAAUCUUGGUUUGGGAAGUAGAGUUAUUGUGACAUCUAGAGAUAGGCAGCUUCUUAAGAAUAUAGUUGAUGACGUAUAUGAAGUUGAGGGAUUAAAUGAUGAUGAAGCUCUUCAAUUGUUCAGUUUGUAUGCUUUUAAGAAAAACUAUCCCCCGAAAGAUAGGUUAGACUUAUCAAAUAAGGUAGUGAAUUAUGCUCAGGGAAACCCAUUGGCGCUUAAAGUUUUGGGUUUUGACAAGAAGAAACGAGAUUGGGAAAGUGCCUGAAUAAACUGUGGUAAGAGGUCCACACGUCUCAUCUGUAAUGUAAUUAAGAAUAAUCUUUUGACAUGCUAGAUGAUUGAAGACGAGAAAGUUUAUUUUCUUGAUUUGCUUGCUUUUUUUAAGGGGGCAAGCAAUUGAUCUUUCAGUAAAAAAAUUGAUUUCGUUAAGAGAAUCCUUGAUGGUUGUGGUUUCUCAGCUGAUAUUGGAAUCAGUGUUCUAGUUGAUAGAUGCCUCAUUACUGUCCUUGAAAACAAACUAGGGAUACAUGACUUGUUGCUUGAAAUGGCUCAUGAAAUUGUUCGGCAGGAAUCUGUUGCCAAGCUGGGCAAGCGCUGUAGACUGUGGAAUCCUAUUGAUAUCCUUCAAGUGUUGACCAAAAAUCUGGGAACUGAAAAAGUUGAAGGGAUAUUUUUGGAUGCAUCAACAAUUGGAGAAGUGUACUUGAGUUCUAGAGCUUUUGUGAACAUGAAUAAUCUCAGACUACUUGAAGUUUACAAUGCUAGAGUUGGAAAUAACAGUAAAUUGCACCUUCAUAAUGACCUUGGGUUUCUUUCUGAUGAGUUAAGGUAUCUCCACUGGGAUGGAUACCGAUUAAGCUCUAUGCCAUCUAAUUUUCAAGCAGAGAAACUUGUUGAACUGAACCUGGCAUACAUCAAUGUUAAACAACUGUGGACAGGAGUUCAGAAUCUUGUGAGCUUGAAAGACAUCAAUCUCAGCAAUUCUGAGCACUUGACUACUUUCCCAGACCUAUCACAGGCCAAGAAUCUUGAAAGAAUUAAUAUUGAAAACUAUCGUAGCUUGAUAGAAGUGUCGUCACCCAUUCAGUUUUUAGACAAUGUUGUUGAUUUAAAUAUGAAAUGCUGCGGAAGCCUUAUGCAUCUCCCAAUUGGCACUAAAAUGAGAUCUCUCAAGACAAUCAACCGUUCUGGUUGCUUCUGUUCUUAUUUUGGUGGUUGGUAUGGUAAAGGAACUCUCGUUAUGUUGAGUAAUUCCCUUGGUGCUGUGAUGCUAAGUGCUUUCAGCGUAGCUUUCUUAUUUCUCAUGAAUUGUUUUUUGUUUGAAAGCUCUAGAAUAUUUGAAUGUUGAAUGAAUUUGUGGAAGAGCUUAAAUUUAGCCACAAACAAAGAGACAAACUUCAUUAAAUCAUGAGAAGUUAGUAUUGACUUCUUUGUGGAAAGCUAGUAUCAUGUUGCUAUAUAAAGCAACCCUAGUUAAUGAAAGUGUAAGAGAGAAAAACCUGAAAGCUAGAGUUUGAAAGAGAGCUUUAUAAGAA